AUGAGUUCCUAUGAACUUUGAACACGCUCAGGCACUUAAUAUAAAAGGAUGCUAACUACUAAACGUAGUCAGUUAACGAAGGAAUCAUGAAGGCGGUGCGCUCUUGCAUCGUCCUCUGCCUCAUAUUAGGCUAUAGCGAUGCAUCAGUGAGGAUCGGGCGCGCGUACUCGCACGGCGGUGGGGGCGGUGGGGGUGGCGGGGGCGGUGCAUUCGGGUUUGGCGGCGGUGGUGGCGGCGGCAGCGCCGGCUAUGGCGGCGGCUAUGGCGGCGGCUCUGCUGUGUUCGGAGCUAGCUUGGAAGGCGUCCGCGAUGGUGUCGGCAGCAUACUCAGUGACGUGCAGUCCGGACUCAGUGCGCUCGGAAGUGCAGGCGCGGGCUUCAGCGCCGGCCUGGGCGGGAGCGGAGGCGGCCUAGGCGGAAGUGGAGGCGGAGGCGGAGGAAACUAUAAAUCAGUUUAUACGAAAUCAGACGACGGAAAAUCUGGUGGUUUCGCUUUUACGGGAACACUUGACGGUGGUAAAGGUGGAUACGGCGGCGGCGGCGGAUACAGUGGAGGAGGCGGCAGCAGUGGCGGCGGAGGUUACGGAGGCGGCGCCGGCUUCGGUUCCGGUGGUGGAUUCGGUGGCGGAGGAGGCCUCGGAGGAGGAGGCUCGGGAGGAUCUGGCGGCUCUGGAGGACGAGGCGGCUCUGGAAGUGGAGGAUACGGUGGUGGAGGAAGUUCCGGGGGAUACGGUAGCACAGGCAGUGGAAGUGGGGGAAUUGGCGGUGGACUGAGUUUUGGUGGUGGCCUCGGAGGAGGUGGCGGUGGGGGCAGUGGAGGUGGAUAUGGCGCCGGUGGCUCAGGCAGUAGUGGUGGCCUAUUAGGCAGUGCUAGUGGAGGUGGAGGAUAUUCCGCCGGAGGUGGCCACGGAGGUAGUGGUGGAUCUGGACACGGAGGCAGCAGUGGAUCUGCCCACGUAUCAGCUAAUUCCGGCAGCAGUGCUGGUGGAUUUGGAGGUGGAUUCGGCGGUGGUAGCGGCGGCGGCGGUGGCGGUGGAUUUGGAAUCAGUGGAGGAGGCGGAUCUAGUGGCGGCUACGGAGGUAGCUCAGGAGGAGGCCACGGAGGCAGUUCAGGACAUGGCAGUAGCUCUGGAGGUGGCCAUGGAGGUAGCUCCGGGGGUGGACUGGGCGGUGGAAUAAGUUUUGGAGGUGGACUUGUUAGUGGCGGCAGUAGUAGUGGAGGACUAAGUGGAAGUAGUGGAAGCAGUAGCUCUGGAGGAUACGGAGGAAGUGGCGGCCGUGGGAGCGGCGGCGGCAGCGGCGGGGGUAGUGGCGGUGGAUAUGGAGGAGGUUUUGGAGGAGGCCUCGGCGGUGGAAGUGGAGGUGGCCUCGGUGGUAGUGGCGGAGGAAGCCUAGGCGGCAGUAGCAGCGGUGGUUACGGCGGUUCAAGUGGGGGAAGCAGUGGGAGCAUCGGUGGGUCAAUCGGAGGGGGCUCAAGCAGCGGCGGGGGCUAUGGCAGCGGCAGUGGGGGAGGCUUCGGCGGCGGUGGCGGUGGAGGCCUUGGCGGUGGAAGCGCCGGUGGCUACGGUGGUGGAUCAAGUGGUGGCCGUGGAAGUGGCUCAGGAGGCGGCAGUAGCUCACUCGGGGGUUCAUUCUUAGUUGGGCUUUCUGGAGGCGGCUCAGGAAAAAGCCUUGGCGGUGGAGGAGGUUCCGCCGGAGGAGGCGGUGCUGGCUAUGGCGGGGGUAUUGGAGGAGGUAGUGGAGGCGGGUAUGGCGGCGGACUCGGCGGUGGCAGCGGAGGUGGCCUAAGCGGGGGUAGCGGAGGUGGCCUAGGCGGGGGUAGCUCCGGCGGCAGCGGCGGCGGUUACGGAGCCAGCGGCGGCUCUGGCGGAGGAGGCCUCUCAUUCAGUGGAGGUUUUGGAGGAACUGGCUCUGGAGGCGGACUUGGCGGAGGUGCCGGCGGCGGUGGAGGAAAAGGCUACGGUGGAGGUAGUGGCGGCGGAUUAGGAUUGGGUAGUUUAGCUAAAUCCUUCCUCGGUGGUUUAAGUGGAGGGUUUGGCAUAGGCGGCGGCGGCGGCAGCGGUGGCGGCGCCAGCGGAGGUGGUUACGGAGGCGCUCGAGGUGGAGCCGGCGGCUACGGUGGCUCUUCUGGCGGAGCAGGUGGUUACGGGGGUUCAUCUGGCGGCGGCGGUGGCUAUGGCGGGGCCGGUGGUUACGGUGGCUCGUCCGGUGGAGCAUACAGCAAUAGUGACGCGUCCAGCGGAGCUGGUGGAUACGGAGGAUCAGGCGGCUAUGGCCAGUCAGGAGCUUACGCGUCAGCGAAAGCCUCAGCCUCAGCAAACGCAGGCAGUUACGGAUAAGACAUACUAGUAGUUCUAUGUACAUAGUCAGGAUAAUACGGCCAUAUUGAUUGUAAUUGUAAAGUGAUGUUUAUGCCUCGUAGUCAGUAAACUUAUUUAUAGUUUUA